UCUAAAAUGAGUGUAACCCAAUAAAUCAAUACAACAAGCUGAGUUCAGAGAGACUGAGAAACAAGAAAAAUGGCAGGAUCAGUAGUGAUGUCUUCUUUGAGUUUGAAGCCAACAACUCCAUUCCAAGAGAAAGUUGCAAGCAGUAUUCAAGGCCUUCCAUCCCUAGCAAGGUCUUCCACUUCACUCAGAAUUUCUGCCAAUCAAGUGAAGAAGAUCAAGACUGACACACCAUAUGGAACUGGCGGUGGCAUGAACUUGAGGGGUGGUGUUGAUGCAUCUGGAAGAAAGCCCAAGGGAAAGGGUGUCUACCAAUACACCGACAAAUAUGGUGCUAACGUCGAUGGAUACAGUCCAAUCUACACCCCAGAGGAAUGGUCCGAAAGUGGUGAUAGGUACGCUGGAGGUGUAACUGGUCUAGCAAUCUGGGCAGUAACUCUAGGUGCUAUUCUACUUGGAGGAGCUCUCCUUGUUUACAACACCAGUGCUCUAUCUUCUUAGAUGUCAAUCAAAUUGUUGUAAUCCCAUGUGGUAGUUUCUGUGUAUGUUUUCAACAAGAUUUCCUAAGUAAAUGGUUGUCUAAUACUCUCUUGUACGCCCAAAAUUAUUUCGUAAUUGUUAUGAAUUUGGUUGAUGAUAUAGUACCACAAUUCUGUAAUAUGUUGAUUCUGCAAGUCAUGUAGCCAUUACUGUUUCCUGACAUGGUUGGGGAUUAAAUGGUUCCAAAUCCAAAGCUGAAUGAAAAAAAUUGAAAAACA